AUGGGCAAUAGCUUGAGAUGCUGCCUAGCUUGCGUCCUCCCCUGCGGCGCGCUGGACCUGAUCAGGAUCGUCCACCUUAGCGGCCGCAUCGAGGAGUAUGGCCGGCCGGUCGCCGCCGGCGAGAUCCUCGCCGCCAACCCGAACCACGUGCUGAGCAAGCCGUGCUCGCAGGGCGUCGUGCGGAGGAUACUCAUCGUCUCCCCAGAAUCUGAGCUGGAGCGCGGCGAGAUAUACUUCCUCAUCCCGGCUUCCUCAGUGCCGGAGAGGAAGAAGAAGGCCACCUCGCACGCCGGUGCCGCUGGCGGCCACGACGGCAAGACCAGCGGCCAUGUCAAGAGCAAGGCAUCUUCCGAUCGUGGCAGUGGGCGUCCUCACGUGGGCGAUGUGCCGUCGGAGAAGAGGUCUUUGCAUCGGCGGCGGACGAGCACCGGCGGCCGGACGGCUGUGUGGAGGCCGCACCUCGAGUGCAUUGUAGAGGGCACUUGA